CUUGCCGGCCGGUCGCCGGCCGCCGCAACGGUCCUCGGCCGGCUGACUCCCCAGUCUCCAACACUCCGCGACCGCCGCCAAGACAGGUGCCCCUUUUCUUGAGGUUCCAGGAUCCAUGGCAUGGGGAGGCCUCUUCCUGAGCCUUGGCCGCCCCUCGUCGGAGCAGCAGAAGUCCUGCCUCGCAUCCACCAGUGGCUUCAACUAUGAGGCGUCUCUCCACGGUGCUUCAACUCCAAAAUCAGCAACUGCAUUAACCUCAGAAGACACGGACAGAGCCCUCGCAGACCGCGGCUUCUCGGUGAACCGAUCGCGUGUCCUUGUCGGCUCCGGCGCCGACGCCUUCGUCCGUGCCAAGUCGGCCCUUGUAUCCUGGAAGCACUUGGCGCUCGGCUGGGCGGAAGUGGACCCAGACACACCAGUGAAGACCGGCGCGAGGUUCUGCAUCUGCUACAAGGAGGUGGUCCCAUGGGUCAUGUUCCCGCUCCAGAUCGCCUAUGUCACCGAUGAAAACAGUGGUGGUGGGCGAGCGAAAUGUGGCGGCAUCUUCGCGUUCGGCAGCGGCACCCUGCAAGGCCAUCUACUGGCCGGGGAGGAGCGGUUCUCGGUGCAGGUGGACUCGGAGGAGCGGGUGUGGUACGAGGUGUUCUCCUUCUCCAAGCCGGCGCACCCGCUGUCGGCGCUCUGUUACCCCUACGUGCAGUUCAGGCAGCGGCACUUUGCGCGGGAGUCCGCCAAGGCGAUGCUCAGGCAUGUCGCCGACCGCUCGACGCCGCCUCAUUGAGAACCGGUUCGCAGCUUAAUUCCAGUUUUAACGCAGUACUAGCUAGCUAGGCAGCAGAAUCAUGGCACAGACAAACAGCGUACUCAGUUUCCAUUCGCUAGUGUAUCUGGCACAAAAAGAAGAUGCCCUUUGUGUUGCUUUC